UCGAAUGGAGCUUCAGUCCCAAAAAUGCCGGGAGUAUUUUCAUCAUUGUAACAUGACAAAGUUCCGCUUUCAAACGAGCAUGAAUACGUCCAUGUGAAGCGACUGAAAUCUGUGCAAGAUACUGCUGUAAAGAUGGAUUUUAUUAAAGAGGAGAGUGAAGAUAUAGGUUAUGAAGACGCAUGCAGCAUGAGCUGUCCAGAUCAAUGUACAACGAAAGCUGAAGAUAAUGAGGAACAAAUAGACCUGAAAGUGGUGAAAGUAGAAAGUGAGGAGCUGAAUGAAGUGGAGAAGAAAGAUCAGCAUCAGACGCCUCAUCUUUUCAUACCUAGAGAACGAUCUUUUAGUGACUUCCACACCGGAAAUGAUUCCUCACAAAACAAACCUCAAGCCAAAAAAUCCUUCACCUUUCCUCAGGCUGGACAGAGUUUCACUCUUAACGGAAGCCUUUUGUGUCACAUUAAAAUUCCCACGAAGAAAAACCCUUUUACGUGUCACAACUGCGGAAAGAGUUUCACGCACAAAGGAAACUUUCUGAGCCACUUGAGAAUUUACGAUACAGAGCGACCGUUCACGUGUCCUCAAUGUGGGAAGAGUUUCAGACACAAAGGAACCCUUUUGGGUCACAUGAGAACUCACAACGGAGAGAGUCCUUACACGUGUCCUCAGUGUGGGAAGACAUUCAAACAGCAAGGAAACCUGAAGAGACACAUACGAAUCCACACCGGAGAGAAACCCUUCACCUGCCUUCAGUGUGGAAAGACUUUCACGUGCAAAGGAGACCUCGGCGUGCACAUGCGGAUUCACACUGGAGAGAAGCCGUACGUGUGUGAUCGCUGUGAGAAGAGUUUCAGGCAUCUCGUUACUCUCAAACAUCACCAGUCCUCUCACUCUGACGAAAUCUUGUUUACCUGUGAUCAGUGUGGUAAAAAUUUUGCUUCAGCUCCAAUCCUAAAAAGACACCUGAAAUUUUCACACCAGCAAAGCAAGGCUGGUGCGAGAUCUAAAGUGUGAUUUGAGUGUGGGAAAGGCAUUUUUAACACCAGCGACCUGGCACGCCACCUAACAAUCCACAGAGGAGAAAAACCUUACAGAAACGUAUGGUGUGGAAAAGGUUUCAAUUGGCAAAAGACUUUGAAAGUACAUGAGAGACUGCAUACUUAUGCAUACUUAAAGGUUCAUGAAACAGUAUGUGACGUGUCAAUGGACUAUAGUACAUCGAUGACACGUUGGUGUCUUAGAAUUAUUCAUGAGGCUGUGCGUUCUUAUCCUAUGAGAAGACGCUUCGCCUAAUUAUUCACGUGUGUUGAUUUGCUAUGACAGACGCUUCGCACUGUGAGAUUGUGUACAAUAACUGAGAGAAACGUUAAUGGAUCGAAGGAGACUGUUCGUUUUUGUUUACUUUGUAAGUAGAGCUCGGCACAAACACGAUUCAUUCAUACUAGUAUAUAUAACUGCAGACCGGAGAUGUCCAAAAUGGGGCGGGAACUCCAAAAGUGGGCAGAACCUCCAAAAUGGGGCGGGGUCUCGUCACGCAAAGACUUUCCCCAUUGGCUCUGGCUUCAGCCUAUUGUUAUUGACUUACAUUUCAAAACUAAACUUUAUAAAUUAAACAUUGUUUGUAGUUGAUCUGCUAUAGAAAUAUAAUAGCUAUGCUAUAUAAAUAAAUAUGCUCAGUGAGAGAGCUUGUGGCCAGUGGUUAAUGAUAUAAACGGGAAUCACCCACGAGCUCUCCCGCAAGCCGCCCCAGUCAAGCGCAGGGGACAGGCUUUACUCUAUCGCUUCGUUUUAAGCAACGGGGCGUCCCAGGGCUUGAAAUUCGCAGGGUAGGAGGGGGUAGUGAUGCUGGAUGUAACUAAAAAGUUCAGAUUUUCCGGUGAGGUCUGGUUGGCGAGUUACAGAAUGGCCUGACGAUCUUACAUCGCAUAAUCUUAUUAACUGUUUAUCUGCCACGCUAUUCAGCGCCAAUCCCAACGUGCAGUCAAAUUCACUGGUUAAGGUUAGGGUAAGGUGUGGGGUAGGUUUAGGGGUUCGCAUUUGUUGUGAUUGACAACCAAUAAAACCUUUAGAAUUAGCUGUGGGGCGGAGUUUACGUUUAAGUGGAUUGGGGGAAAUUGCGCAUGCGUGUCAUGUGCCUGUCUGUCAAAAGGAGGAAGCCACGCCCUAUUUUGGAGUGCCCACCCUGUUUUGGAGUUCCUGCCCCCAUUUGGAGAUCUCCAGGCUAAAGUUAUACACCCCUCCAUUCACAGAGUGAGUGUAAUAGUGGUUUUUACAGCUCCUUAAGGUAAGCAAUCAAAAGGAUUAUAAAUGCCACAAAAAAAGCCUUAAAAGUUAAUAGAGAUGCAAUAGUGCAUUCAUAUAUAUGUUUUCGAUGCAGAGUGUAAAUGCCUGUGCAUUUAUUUGUGUUGUUAACUCAAUGGGAGCGAAAUGAAACUGAACCCAAAGUUGACUCUCUCCCCUCUUGCCCCUCUGCUCCGCGCACCACGCCCACUUUUGCAGCAUUUUUCAAAAGUGUGGUGAGAACUAAUCAGUGCUGAAACAGGGGGUUUCAUGACCCUUUAAGUGCAUAUUUAUGCACUUCAUGUGGGAAGAGUUUCACUCAUUCAAGUGGCCUAAAGACUCACAGGAAAAAAACAUUGUCCGGAGGUGUUGCAAUGAGGGAAAUGUGUGUAAUUAACAAUGCAAAUGGUAUGUCAUUUGUGUAUCUAUUGGAUAUACAGUCAAAAGU